UUCUUUGCCUACUGCUUUUGAAAUGGCAGCAUGGGACGGCCAUGGUUCUCUAGAUACCAGAGAAGUAAAAAAUGUCUCUUCUCCAAUAGUUAACAAAUCGUGUGUGAAUUUGGAGUGCUACAUGGUCCUGACAGAAGCUGAGAAGACAGCGAUCGGCUCCAUUUGUUUCCUGGCUGGUCCUCUCACCUUCCUAGAGAACAGUGUGGUUCUGCUGGUGAUCCUGUGCACAGCCGCCCUCAGGCAGAGGCCAUCCUACCUGUUCAUAGGCAGCCUGGCUCUGGCUGAUGUGUUCGCCAGCUGCUUCUUCACCACCAGCUUCUUGGACUUCCAUCUGUUCCGACGCAGAGAUGGGCCUACAGCGUACCUCUUCAAAUUAGGAGGAGUCACGAUGACCUUCACCAGCUCUGUGGGUAGCCUGUUGCUCACAGCGCUGGACCGUUAUCUGUGCAUCCACCAGGUGUCCUCAUACAAAGUGCUGGUGACACGGCGCAGAGCCCUGCUGAGCCUGCUCAUCCUUUGGGGUGCCACCACCUUCAUCUCAUUCCUGCCUCUGAUGGGCUGGAGGUGUCCCACGGGCCUGACCCCCCCCUGCUCACGCCUAUUUCCCUACAUCAACUCAGCCUACCUGGCCUGCUGGACCAGCUUUAUUCUGGUUCUACUGGCUCUCAUUUUAGGGGCCUAUGCUCUGAUCUUAUGGAAAGCCCACCGCCAUGAGGCCUCUAUGACCAGCUUGCAGGUAGCAACGGGGUCAGGACAGGCCCGAAUGAGAAUGGACAUCCGAUUAGCUCGAACAUUUGGGCUCAUUCUGCUUAUCCUAGUGGGCUGCUGGCUCCCUGCACUAUCCUUCAUGAUAGCAGAUGUGUCUGCAGUGCUGAGCCACACCCAGCUCAGGGCCUUUGCUUUCUGUAGCACAUUGUGCCUGGUGAACUCUGCAGUCAACCCUCUGCUGUACGCACUGCGCUGCCGAGAGCUCAGGGAGGCUCUGGUGCAGCUCAUUCACAGGCUGUGUGAAAUGGGCAAAUGUAAAAAACCUACUGAACACUUCUCUCCAGAAUCACAGGAUGGAGCAGAUAUGAGCUGUACGGCCCUAUCGGAGAAUGGGAAUGAUGUGCUAACCAACAGAGCCUCACAGAUCACCUCAGUGUCUGCGGAAAUGAACAAAACCUAAACUCAGUGAGGGCAAUAUACAAGUUUAAAUUAAAUACUUACAGAAUGCCCUCAUUGGUGUGUACAAGAAACAAACAAUGAUGAGAAUUUUUAAUUAAAGCUGUAUUUGAAGAUAUCACACUAAAAAGCACGCCAAUGCCAGGUUAACUUUACUCAGAUAUUUUUCUGUGACAAAGGCACAUCAAAGGAAUAACCAUUCAACAUUAAGCUAGAAGGACACGAGUGACCUUUUGUUUAUAUUAGGCUAUACUGAUGGGUAAUAACCUAAUAAUUGUUUCCAGCUCUCACUCGCUUUCCAACUAUCACUCACAAUCACACACGCGAGGUGUUUUGCCCAAGGACACUAUGACAAUAUACAUGCACUGCUGGAGUCAAAUUGCCAAUAUUCUCCACCCUCUGAGUGUACUGAAAACAGACUGUACUUUAACUGUACAAAUUUCUGUAUGAAAUGUUUUUUUUUUCUUCUUUGUUUUUAGUCUUGUAUAUGGAUGUGAAUAUGCAUAGACAGUGUGCUUGCAGGGUGCCUUUUCUAAAUGCACAUGAAUGCCAGGACACCACAAAGACUUGGGACAUGGGGGUUUUCCAUGUGCUCUUCAUGUGCAUUCAAGCAGUGUGCUGCAGAGGAAAAUGAAAGAGGACUGGCAGCCACAGUGGAACAACUGGCAGCUACAAUACGCACACAUACAUAGGCCAUACAAAGCACAUAGCUUUGAGUGCUUGACAUUCAAUAGACCUGAAUGCUAGUUGUUUUGAAUUGUUUAAAGCCUUUCUUAGUUUUUUUGUAUGCUUUAAACUAGGAAUUGUUCAGGGAACAGAAUUCUAAUUGUCCAACAAGCCUCAAAUAUAUGACCACUCUAUUUGUGAAAUA